AGAGCCCGCCCCCGAUGACGUCAACAAGAUGUAAAUGGUCCGCAUCGUGGCCCGCUCGGCCUUUUUCGUCUCACGGCAGGAUUGGGGCCGCAGGUUUUCUGUCUCGGGAAGAUUGAACACCAAAGCGGCUAAAAUGAUCAUCUACAAGUGUAUCAUCACCGACGAUGAGAUGUUCUCAGACGUCUACACCAUCAAGGAGACUCCAAUCUUCUACGAAGUGGAAGGAAAGCACAUCGUCAGGUCACACGACAUUGAUGAGACUUUACUCGGCGCCAAUGCUUCGCUCGAGGACCAGGGGGAAACCACAGACGCAUCUGUAGAGUCUGGCGUAAACAUUGUCCUCUUCCACAAGCUGCAGCAGACGACCUUCGACAAGAAGAGCUACCUCGUCUAUAUCAAGGAAUACGUCAAAGCCUUAAAGGCAAAGCUGCAGGAAACCAACCCUGACCGAGUGGAGCAGUUUGUGGCCGAUGCCGCUGUGGAAAUCAAAAAGCUCCUCCCGGGUUUCAAGAAUUUUCAGGAUCACUACAGUGAAUCAUCUUCCUCCAUCUCCCCCUGACCUCUGCUUUAUCUCCAGCUAUCUCCAAAAUGUUCCCUCUCAUCCCUAAAUCUCCUAUUUGUUCUUCCAUUUCCAGCAUCCUUCCACCAAGAGCUAGAGAGCGAGAUAUGUAGAGAUUAGGGGUUGAAUGAUUUAAAAUGUUUUUGUAGUCUGCGCAAAGGUGAUGAGUCAUAUCUUUUAAGCCAUCAACUCGCUAUCCAUGCAAUUAUUUGCCUUCAGCCUCCAAAUAGACUCACUUGUCCAAUCACAUUCAGAUACCUUCACAUAACUGCAGGGUCACUACUACUAGGUACUACGAGUACCAAAAAAUCACAAGAGGAGGAAAUGCUUGACAAUGUAUAGUAGCGACCCGGCGUCUGACCAUCUCAAAUGGAUUCUUGCUGGAGUUCGCUAAGCUCAGACCAUUUGUAAGAGUGUUGUUUUGUUUAUGGUGUAGUUACGGCCACCUUUUACUGUUCAUUUUCACAAAGACGAUCGAACAUUGGGUCAUUUCAUUGCAUAGGCAGCCACUACAGUGCAUUGUCUACCUUUCUCUGUUCAAGGAGCGCAUUUGAAUUUGACAACAGCUGACAUGAAGAUUUAGGCUGUUUGUCAGCUGGUGUUUGCCUUUUCAGAUGGGCAUGCAUUGAUUAAAAAUGCAACUCCACUAUCAUGCUGAAUGGCCAGUCUCAUAGUGUAGGACAUCAUAACCAGGCUCAAAAAAUGUUGAGCUUUUAUCAUAUUUGAGGAUAGACUUCCAUAUUUUGAAAGUGACCUUGGUACCAGUCUUGUUUUUACUAAAAUAUUUCCACGCUUGAGGCACCACUGCUAGUGUGCCACACAGGCCCACCACCUGUUGCCUUCUGUGCGCCAUCCACGUUAUUGGCAAAACACUUGAUUGGAAAUUAAUCGCCAAAGCUAUAAUUCCAUUGUACAGUGGUAAAGAUGUCAACUAAUCGGUUCAACUCAUAGUAGAGCUGUUAAAAAGAUAUUUUAAUUGGUUAAAUACAAUAUUUAGAGCUGUGAAGCAAACUUAAGUCUCCUGGAGCAUUAUACAAAACGCUUAUUUUAUUUGUGCUUAAGCAACAAAUAUGACUGCUCACUCACUAAAUUUGUUUUUCUUUAGUUUAUAUAGGUCAUCUAUGUAAGGAUGUUUAUUUGAGAGUCUGUGGAUACAUGAGUUAAAUCCCAGUUUUCUUUGUCAGUUUUACACAGGUGAGUCCAUGAACGUUGAUGGCAUGGUUGGAAUUCUGGACUACCGUGAGGACAAUGUCACACCUUUCAUGCGC